GGAGGAGGGGGGAGGGACGGGAGCGACUGGGAAGCCGGAACGGUUCCAAACGAGGUCGGGAGCGGCGCCUGCAAGAUACCCACCCGCCUACCCGAGCCCUCCCUUCCUCUCUGCCCGCCACAACAGCAGCACCAGCACGGAACCCCCCUUCCUCCCUCCCCCGGUGGCGGUGGGAGGAGGAGGCGGCAGCGGCGGCUCCGAGGUGUCCGCCUUGCCGGUUGGAGGUGGCGGCGGCGGCGGCGGCAGCUGUGGGAGGCGGAGGAGGAGCCGGUGUAGAAGAAGGAAAAUGCUUGAAGAGACGAUGGUUAAUUCGCACUAAGGCCUAGAACUGCCUAUUGAACCAAAGUCCUGACCAGGCAACAUACGAAUGGCCCAAGGAAGCCAACAAAUUGAUGAUCAGGUUUUACAUGACCUGCGCCAAAAAUUUCCAGAGGUACCUGAAGUUGUUGUGUCCAGAUGCAUGUUACAGAAUAAUAAUAACUUGGAUGCCUGUUGUGCAGUUCUCUCUAAAGAGAGCACGAAGUAUCUCUACGGUGAAGGAGACAUUGGUUUUUCAGAUGAUCCUGGGAUCCCCAGUCUACGAAAUCACAUGACAUCUCUUAAUUUGGAUUUGCAGUCACAGAAUGUGAAUCUCCAUGGAAGAGAAGGAAGUAGAAUGAAUGGAAGUAGGACUUUAACUCAUAGCAUUAGUGAUGGACACCUUCAAACCAGCCAGUCCAACAGUGAACUGUUUCAUCAGGAACCACAGUCAGCUCCAGUGCAAGUUCCACAGGGAUUCUUUGGCAUAUCUAAUGCUGUUAGUACUUCUAAUCCAGGACAGCAUUUUGGAUUUCAUUUGGGCAGCAAAGGAGCAUCUGGUUUGGCUCAGCAAACACCUAGAUUCAACCCUAUUAUGGUAACUUUAGCUCCAAAUAUUCAGCCUGGUCGGAAUACACCCACAUCUUUGCACAUACACGGUGUACCUCCAUUAAACAAUGUCCCAGGCAAUUCUAUCUAUAUUAGACCUUAUAUUACCAAUGCAAGUGGUACAGCUCGUCAGAGUCAGCAAAAUCCAGGCUGGACGUCUCAGUUUAAUCCUAUGCAUUCUCAGCAAAACUACCAGCCCUCACAUCCAAAUUCCUGGACAACUGUUCCCACAACCAGUUCCUCACCACAUACCUCAUCACAACAGUCAACGCAGCCGAACCAGCAAGGCCAUCAGACCUCCCAUGUCUACAUGCCUAUAAGUUCUCCUACUACUCCACAACCACCUUCUGUUCAUUCAUCUGGUAAUUCACAAUCUUCCUCCACCCAGAGCCAAUACAAUAUUCAAAAUAUCUCAACAGGACCUCGUAAAAACCAAAUUGAAAUCAAACUUGAACCACCACAAAGAAACAAUUCAUCAAAACUGCGUUCAACUGGCUCUCGUUCAUCAAAUUCCUCUUCCAACAACAGCCAGACUUUGAAUAGAAAUCAACCUACUGUUUACAUAGCAGCUAGUCCCCCAAGUACUGAUGAAAUAAUCACACGAAGCCAACCUAAGGUCUACAUUUCAGCCAAUGCUUCUACAGGAGAUGAGCAGCUUGUACGAAAUCAGCCCACACUGUUUAUAUCAACCAACCCAGGAGUUUCUGCUACAUCUAGGAAUAUGUCUGGUCAAGUAAGCAUGGGACCUGCAUUUAUUCACCACCACCCUCCCAAGAGCAGAACAAUGGGCAACAAUGCUACUGCCACUUCUCCCCGAGUGGUGGUAACACAGCCUAACACAAAAUACACUUUUAAAAUUACUGUUUCUCCAAAUAAGCCCCCUGCAGUUUCACCAGGUGUGGUGUCCCCAACCUUUGAACCUACAAAUCUUCUAAACCUUCCUGAUCACUUUGCAGAAACGGAAGGUAUCCAACACCUUACUGACCCUGUUUUAGCACAUGUCGAUAGGAUUAGUGAGGCACGAAAACUGAGUAUGGGAUCUGAUGAUGCUGCCUAUACACAAGCCUUAUUAGUACAUCAGAAGGCAAGGAUGGAACGGCUUCAACGAGAACUUGAGGUUCAGAAGAAAAAGCUGGAUAAACUAAAAUCGGAGGUCAAUGAAAUGGAGAAUAAUCUAACACGAAGGCGGCUGAAAAGAUCAAAUUCUAUUUCCCAAAUUCCGUCACUUGAAGAAAUGCAGCAGUUAAGAAGUUGUAACAGACAGCUUCAGAUAGACAUAGAUUGCCUAACCAAAGAGAUUGAUCUAUUUCAAGCUAGAGGACCACAUUUUAAUCCCAGUGCCAUUCAUAAUUUUUAUGACAAUAUUGGAUUUCUAGGUCCUGUGCCACCAAAGCCCAAAGCAGAUCAAAGGUCCAUUGUCAAAACACCAAAGACUGUACCAGAUACAGAGGAAGAUGAGGGAGCUCAGUGGAGUUGUACUGCUUGUACUUUUUUAAAUCAUCCCGCUUUAAACCGUUGUGAACAGUGUGAAAUGCCAAGGCAUUUUUGAGCCAGGGAGGCUCACUUAUCUUCUGUAAAUCCAACCUUUGACUAUUGUGUCAUUUCCUUGGGAUAAAUAAUCAUUUAUGCAUAGGAUUUUGUAAAAUUGAAUGUGUGACAAGUUUUAUUACUAAUGUUAAAUGUCAUGCUACAGAGAUAAUACCUCAGUGUUGUGCUGCAGGCAGCUGAAAUUCAUUGGCUGGAAGGUAAUCUCCUUGAAAGACUCAGUAGCCAGCUGCCUGAAUCAUGUACAGUAUUACCAGAACCCCAGUAACUCUCACCAUUUUCCGUGCUUGGGUAUUCCCCAACUGCCUUUCUCCACAAAUGUCACUACUGAAUUUUGACAAGGGAAGGAAUUAGAUUGAUAGCUUUUUUGUUGUUGUUUGUAAAGCUUUCAGUGAAACACUACAUUCACGGUGGAAAUGGAAUGAAAGAAAUUGAAGGUGUGUUUAACUGUUUGCUGCCACGUAGGGCCCGUGGAUUGUAGAACUUCUCAAAUUAGUGGUACUCUUCACCUUGUCUUCCUGGAAAACAGUUCUGCUCUGUGAAGAUGCAAAUUAGUACAAUCGUCUGAAGAUGAAAAAGAAAACUGCAUGCUUUGUCUGUACAAUAUUCACAGUGAAAUACCCCCAAAACUUUUCCUACUGUACAUAGCUCUAGAGCCUGCUUUAAGUGACUUACUUUUCUUCACCUUUUAUUAUUUCUUGUACCUCUUAAUGUAUAGUGUAAUGGUCUUUGUUAACUUUCUUUUUCCUUUUAAGUGAUUACGCACGAUCAUGACCCCCUUUUUUAAAGUUUUGAUCUGAAAGAAGCAGUGCCUUAAAAUAGGAGCAUUAAAGAUAAACAAUGCACAAAAUAGCUCUCCACUGCCUAUUCUGUAUGUUGCUCUUGUAAAUGCUGAUAAUCUGUGAAGACCUGCAGAUGCAGCACUGCAAAAUGCAGGAAAAGUUGGAGUUUAUGCGUAUAGUUCACUCGGUACCCUGAUUUUUACGGUGGGUGACAUAAUAUUUUGCCUGACACAAGAAAACCAAAGUUAAAAUAUGUUUAGCCCACCAGCAGAUCAGCAUCUGAAUAUGCUUGCUUCAUUUGCUGGAUAUCUUGCAAAACUCUUCAGGAGGUAAUUGCUGGGGAAGUACCUACAGUACACAAAACAGCAGCAGUGGCAUAACAUAGUAAUGCUGUCAGUAAUUGACAGCCUGUUUCUAAAUCUGAAUUGGUGGAGAAUAGCAAUAAUUAGAACAAACUGAAAUACAGGCAGGGAGAGAGAAACCAAGCAGACUUGAAUACUGAAGCAAUACCAAGCAUCUCUUUAUUUCCAUAGGCCUCUGUGUUUUAAGCAUUCAAGUGGUCAGAAAAACAUAACUGAAGCCAAUAUGUGUUUUACAUAUGUUCUCUUGCAUACUACAAGAUAAUGUAGCAUCUCUUAGGAUGAAGCAGAAGGGAGUGAUCAACAGUGCAAUCCUAUACAUGUCUACUCAGAAGCAAGUUCCAUUGAUGUCGAUGGGACUUCUAAGGAAGUGAGUUUGGGAUUGCAGCCUAAAUGUAGCAAGAGAGAAAGUAGACUGUCACCCACUGUAAAUAUAAAUGCCAGUGGACACUUCUAACAGGAAUUUUACAAGUGAUCUAUGUGAAUACACAAAGGCCUUUAUUUUAAAGACUUUGCAUUUUUAAAUGUGGGAAUUAAAUGACCCAAGUAAUUAGACUGUAGAUGCAAAGUUCUUGCAUUGAAUGCAUUUUGUUUAUAAAAAAGAAGCAUUGUUUUUCAGCUUCAUCUGCAGUUCUAUGUGAAGAUUGACAAAUCAAUUUUUACCUGUUUUAUUAAUAAAACCUAAUUUGGAUAUCUUGAGUUGAUGGUUUUGUGAUUUAGCUGGGUAAAACUGUCUUUGUAACAGAUAAGUUAUUUAUAAAAAUUAAAAAAUAUAUUGUAACACUUGGA